AUUCGUCAGAGCUCGGACGAGUUCGCACCAAUAUCUAACCCGUGCGUGCCGUGUUCAAAAGCCAAGCAGCCGCAUCUGUGCGCACGGUACGGCGGCGUCCACCGUAGCCCAAUUUUGCUCGCUCUAUAUAAACGGCCAGGCUGCUACUCUUUGGAGAGCGUAGCCUUUUCUUGACACAAGCUAGAAACAUUUACGGCAGCAACCACCUAGCAGCAGACGUCCACUACUUCCAGUAUUACCAGCAAGGCAUCGCUAGAAGAAUACACAUGGAACAUUCGAUCGGGCUCGUCACCGGCGCCACCUCAGGGCUCGGUCAUGCGGCAGCCCGCGCUCUUGCCGGAGACGGCUGGCGCGAGAUCAUCGUCACCGGGCGCAGCCUGACUCGGGUCCAGGAAACGGCCGCUCAGCUCGCGGCGAGGUCCGGGAGGCAGGUCUUCACGCCGCUGGAGCUAGAUCUAGACAAGCCGUCCAGUGUUCAGUCCGCCCUCGCCGAGCUCGUCAAGCGAGGUCGGCCUAUCGAUUUCCUACUGCUCAAUGCAGGGUUGCUCCCAGGGAACAAGCGCGUGCUCACUACGGCCGGCGUCGAGCUAUCCCAGGCCCCGCUAAUCGGCCAUCAUCAACUGACUGUCGGGUUGCUCCGAGCCAACCUGCUGAGUCCCAACGCGCGGAUUGUUAUCUCCGGCGCGGAACCUGCCCGAGGGGACAUGGCCCUGUUCAGCUUGACAGACGUGGCGGACUUCGCGGCCAAACACCACCAGGGUGACCGAACCGCCGCUGUUGAAGCCCUGUUGCGCAACGGGCCGAACGUGAAGUACGUGCCCAACCGGGCGUAUGCCGAUGCGAAGCUCAUCAUCACUUGGUGGGUCGCGGCACUGGCACGCCGGCUACCCUCCGGCAUGGCCGUAUACGCCGUGGCGCCCGGCAGCGCGCCCGACACCAAGGCGCCGCGUAACGCUGGCCUGGCCGUGAAGUGGGUGAUGAUUCCGCUGCUGAAGAUCAUCCCCGGCAUGACGAUGACUCCUGAGACCGCCGCCCGUCGGUACCUCCAGGCAUCGGAGUUCGGAACCGACGUCUCAGGGCAAUUCUUCGCCUCGGCGCCCAAGAAGCUUACCGGCCCAAUCGAGGCGAUGCGCCACCCACACUUUCACGAUCGCGCCAACCAGGAAGCCGCGUGGCAGGCCGUCGUCAAGGUCUCCGGCGUCGACCUUUCCGAUGACCAGCGCCCACACUAGAACACCAAGACACAAGACACGUAAGCAGUGAAAAUGCCCGGCGAGUAGACCCCAGGCCUACCACCAAACCUCUCUCUGCCAUCCCCCCCUCCUCCUCUCGGCAGCGUAGCUGCUGUAGGUUUUUGAGCUGGCAGGAGCGGGGCGAAGCGGUAGGCUGGGUCUCUGUUGGCGGACUGUAUAGAGGGGUAGAUUAGUUUCUAGUGGGCUUGCGGUAGAUAUUCUUGCGAUGAGAACUUUAAGGCUGGUCUGAGGUGAUGUGGCUUUGCGGAAACAUACGCUCCUCCGUGACUUGGAUGCAAUAGUUAGAAUUAGCGAGCACCGAAAAGCUGUUCAUAAUAAAAA